AUGAGCAACGUGUACAACGCCAGCAUUGGACAGACUGCGAGAAAUGGCUUUACUAUAGAACUUGACGCGGUGUGCUGUCAAGUUCGGAAAUUCUAUGACACAUGUAAGGUGCAAAUCUACCGCACUGUUCUCAGCAAUCCCAAGAUCCCGGUAUCACCUGGACAAAAGCAGUUCCGUAAGGGUCUGGGCGAUCAGAAACCUAGGAAAUGCAAGGGGCUUGAAGAUGAGAACUGGCAGGGCCAAGCGCCGGAGGAGUUGAUCGCCCACGCUCACGUGGAGGAGCCACGGGAGCCACGCCCACCGCGACGCGACGGUGCCGUGCAGAGCCUGGACUUGGCGGACGCCAUCGAGCUGAAACCGCUCGAGAGGAAACGCUUCAUCAGCGCUGUCGAGGAGGGCUUGAAGGAGGAGGAGGAGUUGGUGGAGAUGGAAGAAUCGCCCCUGGCAGAGGACGAUGAGUGGGACGCUCAGCUGCGUUACAAGUACUUGCGCACGCGCAUGGAGGCCAUCCGGAAGGAGAGCGGGGCCUUCGGUGGCCGCCGCGUGGAUUUUGGGGAGCUUCCCAAAGGCAUGGAUGCGUCUCAAGCCGAUGCGGAGGAGACGAGUGACACGAUCGAGUCUCACACACUCCGAUCAGACUUGCAACGAGCCCUUCGAGAGUCCCUGGAGACCGCUUCGGCGCGACAUGGCACGCCCUUGGGCACUCAGGCGCUCUCGAGCGGUCAGAAGGUCAGAAGGUCAGCGGUGUCGAUGUGUGGCCGCUGUGUGUGUCCCGGAGAGGCCCUGCGAGACAUGAACAUAUACUUCGAGUGUCAAACUCCAGGCUCUGAUACUUGCGGCCUCAAUGCGUUGAACAAUCUCUGCCAGCGGCCCCUCUUCUCGGUGGAAGACCUCCAGCAUGCCGAAGCGCCGCUUAGUCAGCAAGAGGAGACGGAGGGCUUCGCGCAGGAUAGUUUGGAGGGCCGUGUAGUGUUCACCGUGGUGCUUGUCUACGACCAGAAGAAGUCUGUAGAGGACUGCAAGCAACACGCGCAAGUGACUCAGGGCGGCCAUUUUUGUCAGCGACCCUCCUUGACCGAGGUCCCGAGCGGCUUCUUCGACGUGGAGGCCCUGAAGAUCGCUGCCGCGGCGAAGGACUUGGAGAUUGUCGACGUGGAACCCGUGAGCGACUUCCGCACCUCGCGCUGCUUCUCCUUCGCCGAGGCAGCCGCGCAGAGCAUGCAGAGCAGCGGCUCGGGCGCGUUUCUGCUGGGUUUUUUGGUCUAUGACCGGCAGCCCGGGCAGAUGCACUACUAUGCCCUCAAGCGCCACGAACAGAUGGUGGGCAUGUGGGUGAAGCUGGACUCGCAGCUGCCACCGGUGGGUAGCGAGCCACGGAACUGCCUUCUGAAAGAGCAGGAACUCUGGGAGGUCUAUAGCUCUUGUCAACCGCUCUUCCAGUCCUGGCUGCUCCGCUGGUAUCCUGUGGUCUAUCGCAAGGCCGCAGUGCGCCAGGCCGCCGAGCGCACCAGGAUUUUGGGCUUCGCCAGGAGUUUUUUUCUUGCAAUGAACCGACAUGAUACCUCCAAACCAACAAAUCGACUUGCAAUGAACCAACAAACCAACAAACCCAACAAACCUAGUUCCGUCUCUAUUUGA